GACAAAGUUAAACGUUAAAAAAUAGGUUGUUCAAGCAAAAACAUAACUUUUUUUUGGAGUUUGCCAGGCGAGUUAAUGAUUUUAUUUGAAAAUGAAGGACUGCAUCAAUAUUUUGAAUGGCGAGUUUCAGAUGCUUCGCGUAACUCCAAACUUGUAUGACGAAGUGGAAGAUCUUUUGGCCAACGUUUCACUGAAAUAUGAAUUCGGAUGUCUUGUCACCAAUCUGAAGGAAUCACCAUUGGCUAUAGCUGAGCUGCGAAAAGUGAUAAGGCACAUCCUGUCAUUGGGAAUUUCCUUUGCCAUUCGUCAUGUGGAAAGCGGGAGAAUCGCGGCCGCAAUAGCCAACAUAAUAUUUAACGUGAAAAGGAAAAGCUCAUAUUAUGAUGUUGUCGCCCAGAUUAAAAGUCCAAGUAUGAUUAAAUAUGUCGAGCUGUGGGAUAAUGUCGAUUCCAGCUUUGAUAUCAAUAAACAUUGCCAUGUGGAUAGUACUGUAGAGGUGGAAUACAUGGGAACUCUUCCGGAAUUUAGGCAACGCGGCCUGGCAAACAUUUUGUGCCAGAAUGCCAUCGAUUCCGCGAGUCUCAUGUCACAAGGAAAGAUUUCACCUGAGAUAUUCGCCCAACUGCCGAAAGAGAUGCAGAUUGAAAAACCUGAGGCCGUUGUUGCGGUGGCCACAGCGCCUACUUCCAAAAACAUUGGACACAAAUUGGGAUUCCAAACAGUCCACAAAUGGUCUUUUUCCGAGCUAGGAUCCCUAGGUGGAAUGAAAAUGGAACCCAGUUUCAAAGAGUCUUUCGAAUAUGCAGAGCUGCAAAUAUUUAAAAUUUGAAUCUGAUUGAUUGAACGGAUUUAAUGGAGUUAAA